CUUUGUUCAUCACUCACUAGUCAACAGUUUAAACACUAACCUUCACCAUUGUGUGAGAAUAGAUUAUGAUCACAUUCUGAUCUCUAAAUUUUAGCUUCAUAUCCUCUAGAGUUGUAUCCAUGACAGUGCUAAUUCACUGGUACGAUUUUCUGUGCUUCAUCAUUGUUGUCGGUUCUAUUUUUGCUGCCAUAUGGAUGCUCCUGCGCCAUGAAGAGAAUGAUGAUGGUACAAGAAAAUGUACAACGAAAUAUGAGAGCUUAUUGAUUUCUCAACCUGACGAAGACAACGGAAACGUCAGUGCAGAGUGGAGGACACAGCCUAAUCAUGUAGGAUCCUAUCAGUUGUGGACAAGUUGUUGGCGAAAUCUUAACCCUGUAUGGCUUCUGGUUACACGGCUCUUAUCUUUUGUUAUUAUGGCUCGUUUUCUGGCUUGGGACAUCCAGGUGCACGGCAAAAUAAUGUUUCUCUACUACACCGAGUGGACCUUUACAUUAGUCAUCAUCUAUUUCGCGCUUGGCACAAUAACAUCGGCAAAAGGAUGUUGGGAGAACUCGAGGAAACCUGUCAACGAAAACAACGGAAGUUUUUUGGCUAACAAAGUCAGGGCUGCGGUCAAAGUGCAGAGUUAUCACGAGCAGGACGCAGUCAAGGAAAUUGCUGGCUUUUGGGGAUAUCUGAUGCAAACAGUCUAUCAGACUUGUGCAGGAGCUGUGGUCCUUACAGAUAUUGUCUUCUGGUUUCUUAUAGUCCCAUUUCUCUCAAUUGAAAGGGUCAAAUUGAACUUGUUAAUGGGAUGCAUGCAUUCUCUUAACGCCGUGUUUCUUCUCAUUGACGCCGCUCUCAACAGCCUUCCCUUUCCGUGGUUUCGACUUGCAUAUUUCAUACUAUUCAGUUCUACAUAUGUCAUUUUCCAAUGGGUUAUUCACGCAUGUGGUGUUUCAUGGUGGCCUUACCCAUUCCUAGAUCUAUCAAUUCCAUGGGCACCUCUAUGGUAUUUCUUAUUGGCCCUAAUUCACAUCCCUUGCUACGGAUUGUAUUCUCUGAUCGUAAAACUAAAGAACGGAGCAUUCUCGAAGUGGUUCCCUCAUGCAUUUGUGAGCAUAAAAUAGUGACUUCCUUGCAGUACAUGGCUUGAUCAACUAUUGCAUGUACAUAGAACGAGGGUUCUUAGUAUUACUACACUUCACCAAUCUAUGAGAUGAUAUCAGAUGCUAAUACACAAGCAAUCAUUUAUUUUUCUUAUAA